AUGAGCUCGAAGCGCGACGACGAGACGAUUCCCAUGAGCCAAUCCAGUCCUUACUCUCCCAAAGCCUUAAAGCAUCCCAGAUCUCUCCCUAGAUCGCUCCACUAUCUCUUCCGUGAACAAAGACUCCUAUUCAUCCUCGUCGGGAUCUUGAUCGGAUCCACUUUCUUCAUCCUCCAGCCUUCUCUCUCCCGUUUAGGCGCCGCCGAAUCCACCUCGCUCAUCACCAGAUCUGUUUCCUUGGCUUCCGUGGAUAAUUACACGCCUCCUAAAAUGAGUUUCAAUUACGGCGGAGGCGGUAGUAAGACCGGUCGGGUUCCCGUCGGUAUUGGAGGACGGAGAUUGAGGAUCGUGGUGACCGGUGGAGCUGGAUUCGUUGGUAGUCAUCUCGUUGAUAAGCUUAUCGGAAGAGGAGAUGAAGUGAUCGUGAUUGAUAAUUUCUUCACGGGAAGGAAAGAGAAUUUGGUUCAUCUAUUCUCGAAUCCUAGAUUUGAGCUUAUUCGACACGAUGUUGUUGAGCCAAUUCUCCUUGAGGUCGAUCAGAUUUACCAUUUAGCUUGCCCUGCAUCACCUGUUCAUUACAAGUAUAAUCCAACAAAUGUAAUGGGAACUCUCAAUAUGUUGGGUCUUGCUAAGAGAGUUGGGGCAAAGUUUUUGCUCACCAGCACAAGUGAAGUCUAUGGAGAUCCGCUUGAGCAUCCGCAGAAGGAGACGUAUUGGGGAAAUGUGAACCCAAUCGGUGAGAGGAGUUGCUAUGAUGAAGGAAAGCGUACUGCAGAAACCUUGGCCAUGGAUUAUCACCGAGGUGCAGGUGUCGAGGUUAGGAUUGCUCGUAUUUUCAACACGUAUGGACCCCGAAUGUGCCUUGAUGAUGGGCGUGUUGUUAGUAACUUUGUUGCCCAGACCAUCCGCAAACACCCAAUGACUGUUUAUGGUGAUGGAAAACAAACUCGAAGCUUUCAAUAUGUUUCUGACUUGGUGGAGGGACUUGUAGCUUUAAUGGGUAACGAUCAUGUUGGACCCUUCAAUCUUGGUAACCCAGGAGAAUUCACAAUGCUUGAGCUUGCAGAGGUGGUUAAAGAAGUGAUCGACCCAAGCGCGACCAUAGAGUUCAGACCGAACACAGCCGACGAUCCUCACAAGAGGAAACCAGAUAUAAGCAAAGCAAAGGAACUUCUGAACUGGGAACCAAAGAUCUCUCUGCGAGAGGGUCUGCCUCGUAUGGUCAGCGACUUCCGUAACCGAAUCUUGAACGAAGACGAAGGCAAAGGUCUCUAA